UACAAAGAGAGGUCGUUGACAAAGAUAAGUUUUUCGUCGCUUUGAGAGAGAGUCACAAAGUGUAUUUUCAAUGGCGUCUGUAGCUUCUUCAACCACUCUCAUCUCCUCCACUAGGGUUUUUCCAGCCAAGUCUUCGCUUACUCAAUCCUCCUCCGUCUCUUUCCUUCGAACCCUAUCCUCUCCUUCCGCAUCUGCUUCUCUCCGCUCCGGGUCUGCUCGACGCUCUUUCCUUAGCUCAAUUCGCUCCAAUUCUCGCAGGAGCUUUGCUGUCAAAGCCCAGGCCGAUGAUCUUCCACUUGUCGGAAACAAGGCGCCUGAUUUUGAGGCGGAGGCUGUGUUCGAUCAGGAAUUCAUCAAGGUUAAGCUCUCUGAUUACAUUGGGAAGAAGUAUGUGAUUCUCUUUUUUUACCCAUUGGACUUCACUUUCGUCUGCCCUACAGAGAUUACUGCCUUCAGUGACCGGCAUGCAGAGUUUGAGAAGUUGAACACAGAAAUAUUAGGUGUCUCUGUCGAUAGUGUGUUUUCGCACCUUGCGUGGGUGCAAACAGACAGGAAAUCUGGAGGGCUUGGUGAUCUAAACUAUCCCCUUAUUUCAGAUGUCACUAAAUCGAUCUCAAAGUCAUUCGGAGUGCUCAUCCAUGAUCAGGGAAUAGCACUGAGAGGGCUCUUCAUAAUCGACAAGGAAGGAGUGAUCCAACAUUCCACCAUCAACAAUCUUGGUAUUGGCCGAAGCGUUGAUGAGACAAUGAGAACCCUCCAGGCCUUACAAUACAUCCAGGAAAACCCCGAUGAAGUCUGCCCUGCAGGAUGGAAACCAGGGGAGAAGUCAAUGAAACCUGACCCCAAGCUCAGCAAAGAAUACUUCUCAGCUAUUUAGAAGCGCUACUAAGAUAGCAAAUGGUACCAUCUUUAUUAUAUGUGAGCAGAGUUUUUUUUUUCUUUUACGCUAAACAAUGCUGUGUUUGAAUCUCACAUUCUCCUGAAAUCUAUAAACCUUACUGUUCCGUUAAUGGAGGGAAGUCUUUUAUUUUUUCAACU